CACAACAUGCAGUAAUUGGGCUGAAAACUGUCAAAGUGAGAGAGACAGGGAGAGAAGAAGAGCGAGACAGAGAGAGAGAGAGAAAACAACUUGAACGGAACCUGAAAAAAAUGUCAACUAACUUAGUACAAAAGAAAUCAAACAAAAAAACAAAACUGAACAGUGAUUCGGAGCAGCUGAACGAGAAGGAAACCAGCGUAAUCGUAGCUUUUGAGGCCCUCGCGAGUCCAAAGCAUAUUGCAACCAUAUCGCAGAUGCUGCAGUACGAUAUCGAUAAUACGUUGAAUGCUCUGAAGGAGCAACAGCGACAUGCGCUAAUGGAACAGACAACAAAUAUCAUAUGCCAACAGCACAUCAAUAGCAGCAGCAACAACAACAACAACAAUAGCAGCAACAGCGACUCGGAUCUGGAUAACAACGUGGAGAUGCCAGCUGAAAGCCAGAGCCCAGCGGGCAGUCCCAGCGUCGAGCUGGAAGUGGAAGAUAUUGUCACUGGCAAGUCCUGUUUGGGUGUUGCCAACGGCUUUAUGCCGCCCACGCCGCCAGCCACGCCCAAUUUGCAGAAUACGGCGCAAAAACGUUGGCGUAUUCUGGCCAAAGUAUUGCGCAAGGACUCCGAGGAGACGGUCAGCUCGUCCAGCGAUGAGUUCAGUGAGGAGCAAACAGCAUCGGUGCGACGCUUCAAGAGUUUCGAUCUGUUGCGCCAGGACAGCUUCGAGGAUCACGUGAGCCUCAAGUGCUUGGGCAAGACGGAGAACUGGUACAAGUAUCGCAUGCAGCUGCACAACGAUAUCGAAUACUCUGUGAAUAUACAUCACAUGGAGCGCCAGCUGACGGCCAGCGAUCUGAUGGGCUUCAACAAUACGGGCAACAUCUGCGUCUGGCCAUCGGAGGAGGCACUGACGGCACUUGUGCUCUCGGAUCUGGGCGCAUAUCGUGGCAAAUGGAUAUUGGAGCUGGGCGGUGGCUUCACCUCGCUGGCUGGUCUGAUGUUGGCCAAGUAUGCCAAGCCGUAUGCGGUGCAUCUGACGGACGGGAACGAGGUGAGCGUGGAGAAUGUGCGCAAAACUGUUUGCCUCAACGAGCUCAGCUGCUAUACCAAAUGCUCCGUGCUCAAGUGGCAGGAGGCAACGGCGCGUGCGGCGGCGGAGCAAGCGAAAUUUGAGUUCAUAUUGUGUGCGGACUGUUUGUUCUUCGAUGAGGCCAGAUCGGCACUGGUCGAUACCAUCUGGUAUUAUUUGGCGCCCCAGGGCGUGGCGCUCAUCAUGGCGCCCCGCCGUGGUCGCACGCUGAACGUGUUCCGGGAUGAGUGUGUGGCGCGUGGCUUUCGCGUCGACUUGGCCACGCGCUACAACGAGACCAUCUGGCAGCGGCAUCUCCAGCUGAAGGCGGACUCGGCUCUCUACGACGAGGAUCUGCACUAUCCGCUCCUACUACGUCUCUGCAAAUCUCAUAGCUAGAGAUCAGCGAUCUAGCAAACCAAGUGGGGCACGGGCGACGGGGUGCAGCUGCCUAAGUAGGUUCAAUUAAAGUUUAGUCAAUGGUUUAGUUUUUAGCAAGCAAAUUCCAGUUUACACCUAAAACAAACACUUUUUAAAUAAAUAUUUAAAAAAAAUA